AUGUUCGGCUCGACGUCCAAUUCCGGAGGAGGAGGUCUCUUUGGCGGUGCCAACCAGAACAAACCGGCCACUGGCGGUGGUGGUCUCUUUGGCGGCAAUGCCACGGGUAAUACAGCGCCAGCAAGCAGCACUGGAGGAAGCCUCUUUGGAUCCAGUCAGAAUCAGACGCAGGUCAAUACGCAGGCUAACACUGGGCUUCCACGCUCCAACUUUCUGAAUUCGCAGAGCCAGAACCAGAACCAGAACCAAGGCUCGACCAGUCUGUUUGGUCAGACUGCGCAAAACCCACAGACACCCAGUCUCUUUGGUCAAUCGACACAAACCCAACAACAACCAUCAUCACAGCCGACGACGAGCCUCUUUGGCGCUUCGACAAAUAAUAACACCACCUUGGGCUCCUCCAUGGCGCAACCGAGCAACCAGAACAACAACUUCUCAAGCCUCAACCAGUCCCAGCAGCCGUCCAAUGGCCUCCGCGCUUCGACAAUGGUAUCGGGUGGUGGUGAGCCGCAGCCUGCGGGUGCCUACUUUGACAGCCUCCUCGCCAAGAGCCAGAAGGCAGGUGGUGAGGGCAAGAGCAAUAUGGAGGACCUCCCCAGCCUCGAGCUCGGCCUGGGUGACCUGCGUCAUCGCCUGCGCAAACUCCAGUCGAAACCGAGCGAGCGAACCCUCGACGGCAAGGCGCACUAUCUGCUCGCCGGCUCGGGCGUCGACCCUCGCGCCGCCCUUAGCGGGCUGAAUGUCAAGAGUGGCGCGCCGGUGGAUCGUGUCGCUCACGCGCCGAGUGAGGUCGACGUCGACACAUACCUCUCGAAUCUGCAGACCAAGACCACGCUGGACAUGAUCGCCGACGGGCUCGAGCGCUCCGCCAGGGACUUUGACAACUUUCUCGAGGAUAACGUGACGAUGGAGUGGGAUGCGCAGAGGAAGCGCAUCUACGAACACUUUGGGAUCACGCCACGGGAGGACAGUGGCGCCAGCCGCGAGUCACAGGCCGGCUUCGGACGGUCGUCCCGGCGUAGCAAGGGUCCCGGCGGUAUGUCCAAGGCCGGGAGGAGCAGCAUGUUUGGCAAGUCGGCUGCACGCUCCGUCAUCGGCGCCCCCAGCCGGGUUGGAACGCAUACGGCUGGCUUUGCCGACGUGGAGAGAUCUGUCGCUGACGCAGGUCCUUCGGCCACCCGGGCCAUGGACGAUCGGGCCACCCGUGACAAGCAGGCGAAGCUCGCCGAGAAGGUGCGCAACCUCAACGCCUGUCGUCUCUCGGAUCGACCAUACCCCAUCCUGGCGGAGCUGGCCGACGUGACGAGGAAGUCCACCGAGUCGCAUGCUGCGCACGUCCACGAAGCGUACCUCGCCAUGGCGGAGAUUGUCAACGAGAUCCCCGACGCGGUGACGUUUGUGAACAACACCACGGCCAAGGAGCGCCAGUACGCGGAGCGGUACCUGGACCCCGACACCAACUCGCAAAACGCGGUCAACAUGAGGAAGCAGGUUCUCAAGGGCGCCAAUCGGUUCUUGGAGACGCAAUUCCUGCGCGAGGUGGAGGCUCUCAUUGCAAAGCACCCGCAUGAGGCAAAGCUGGGGGGUAUGCCCACCAUCACCAGCAAGAUCAAGGCGUACGUUCGUCUCCGGGCGGCGAGAAAGGACCUGGUGCCGGACGGCGUCGAGCCCACCUCCAUGGAGGUCAAGCAAGAAGGGGGCCACAUGGAGCGAGAGUACGUCUGGGCGGUGGCGUUCUACCUCCUCCGCUCCGGCCACGUCCAACAAGCGUCCGAGUACUUUAGGAACAAUUGGGAGAUGUUUAAGAGCCUAGACCUAGGGUUCCCGCUGUUCGUGGCCAGCUACGCCACGAGUGCCGACAGGCGACUCAGCAGCAAGAAGGCGUCGGUGGACUGCGCGAAGCACUACGCCAACCUGCUCAAGAACAAGGACAUGGUGGAUCCCUUCCGGCUGGCGUGCUACAAGGUGGUCGGCCGUGUCGACCUGAGCGACCGCAACCUCGACGGUCUGAACACGGACAUCAACGACUGGAUCUGGCUGCAGUUCAACCUGGCGCGCGAGACGGACAAGACCAUUGAGAUGGCGGGCGAGUCGUACGGUCUGGCCGAGGUGCAGACGACGAUUCGCGAGAUUGGCCAGAAGCACUUCCCCAAGGGGCCUGGCGAGAACAACAACGGCAGCUUUGGCAUGUACUUUUACCUCCAGCUGCUCUGCGGCCUGUUUGAGGAUGCGGUCGCCUACCUGUACCUCUUCUCGUACGUGGACGCGGUCCACUUUGGUCUCGCGCUGGCGUUCUAUGGACUGCUGCGCUCCAGCGAUGCCAUGUCCGAGUCCAACGACUUGAGGACGUACAGCACCAAGAGCCUGCCGCAGAUCAACUUUGGGCGGAUGCUCGGGUACUACACGCGUGACUUCCGGGCCGCCGACGUGGUCUCUGCGGUGGACUACCUCACGCUCAUCUGCCUCAACAGCGAUCUCGGCGGUGAGGCGGGGCGACGCCACUCGGAGCUCUGCCACGAAUCGUUGCGGGAGCUCGUCCUCGAGACGAGGGAGUACAGCAGGCUCAUUGCCGACAUUCGACCAGACGGUCGCCGCAUCCGCGGCGUCAUUGAGGAACGGGGGCGACUCAUCGACAUUGACGGUGAGGAGCAGUUUGUCAACACGGUCACGCUGCAGGCGGCCAGCUUUGCGGACGAGAAUGGCCGGACGACGGACGCAGUGCUGCUCUACCACCUUGCGGGCGAAUACGAUACCGUCGUGGCCAUUGUCAGUCGUGCCCUGAGCGAGGCGAUUGCGCAGGAGAUUGGCGAGGAUCCCAUGCGCCUCAUGCCCGUCAAGCCACGCGCCGUGGGCGACGCCGAGGCACCACCCGGCAGCAGCCUGAGCCUCGCGGCCAUUGACGACCCUGUCGAGCUGGCGAGGACGAUGAUGCAAAUCUACGAUCAGGAUGCCAUGUACUCGAACAGGAUCAUGGGCCCGACGAGGGAGGCGUGCCACGUGCUCCUGCGGAUGAGCACAAUCAAGACGGGCAUGGAGCAUGGACAGUGGGCCAACUGUCUGGAUGCGAUCCGCGAACUUGAGAUCCUCCCUCUCCAGGCCCGGGGCGACCCGAGCGCCAUCCGCGCCUACGCCGCCAAGUUCACCGGCCUGCCGCAGCCGGUGGCGAUCAACGUGCCCAACCUGCUGCUCUGGACGAUUGCGUGCUGCACCCGCCAGCGCGCGUCGCUCUCCCGGGACGGGCAGUACAGCGGGAACGAGGGCACCAAGCGGCAGAUUCUCGAGCAGCUGCGGCAGAUCACGCUUGACCUGACGACGUACACGAGCCAGCUCAAGUACAGGUUCCCGCCGCACCUGCACGAGGCACUGGCGCGGGCGUCGGCUGUUGAUAUCCCGGCAAGCAAGGGCAGGCAGGUCAUGGCCCCGGGGCCCGAGGAUGUGCUGGCCGAGCCCAGUCCAGGCGGUGAUUCGGUCGUCAGCAGCAAGCGUGAUCAUUCACCCCCUCCCUCUGGCGAUGCCGCCAGCAAGAAGAAGAAGACCACGGCCGGCGCGGGGAGUCGUGGCGUGGCCAAUCUGACGCCGGAGCAGUUGGCCAAGAAGAGGGAAAAUGACCGUGAGGCCCAGCGGAAUAUCAGGCGCAGGACAAAGGAGCAGAUUGAGACCCUUGAACGGCAGAUUCAGGAGCUGCAGAGUCAGCAGCCAUACCAGGAGCUCAUGGCCAUGAAGAGAGCCAAGGAGGCCGUCGAGAAGGAGAAUGCCGAUAUGAAGGCCCGCCUGCGCAGCAUCGCCCUCGAUCUCCAAGGUAUCGUCGGAACGCCAGAUCUCCCACGUCCGUAUGCCUCGCCGGCCCCUCCGUCCGGGCCCGUGCAUGCCACCACGCCAGCGAGCACGACAUCGUCUGGCAGCGCAGAGCUUCACUCGUGGCAGACGCAGGCGCACCAGAGCGAGCAGGCCAAGAUGCAACUACAGCAGCAGAGGCACGACAUGCGCCAUGGCCUGGACAUGGGGCCCGAACGGCUAGGACUCGACUUCCUCCUGGGUCAGAACCAACGGCCGCCCAAGAUCCAGACGGGCGUGAACGGGGCGCAGGACACGGCGCGGUGGCAGCAUAUCCCCAUGAAGCACGACUGGACGGACGUGCGGAAUGACCAGGCCCUCCGAGGACGAGGCGCGAGUGCCGGCACCCAGCUCUGGGAACCGUCCAAGUCGAGGGAGUCGAGCGUCGGCGCACCAUCGACGAGCACAACGCAUGCGCAUCGACCAGCGGUGAGUGACGCUUCUCCAAGGGCACUGACGCCGCCGUGGGCGAUGCAGAUCAAGAAUUGCGGACCUACGUGCCCGCUCGACUCGAUCCUGCUCGACUUCUUGGGGGAACGGAGACAGAGGGCAGCCGAGGGGUUGCCUGCUCAAGAGGUCGUCGGCCCUCGCUACCCGUCCGUCUCGUCCUUGCUCAACCCGGCACACAGCGCAAUGUCCCACCCCCUUUCAAAAGUCUUCACGGACAUACUCUCCACGUUCCCCGACAUAUCCACGUUGCCCGAAAGAGUCGGUGUCCUCUACAUCAUGUUCCUCCUCAUGCGGUGGCAGAUCUCGCCGACGCAGGAGAACUUUGACCGCCUCCCGCCCUGGGUCCGGCCACAGCCUGCGCAGCUUCAGUACGCGCAUCCCGCGUGGAUCGAUCACCUGCCCUGGCCGGCCAUGCGAGAGAAGCUGGCCAAGGUGUACACGCCCCACGACUAUCACUUUGAAAAUUUCUUUAUCCCCUUCACGACCACGAUACGCGUCGGUUGGGGAUACGAGGAGACGGACACUCUCCUACAGAACCCCGACAGCGAGGAACUCAUGGUCAACCCUGUGUUCGAGCGCCAUCUGAGGAAUCUGGACAACUGGUCGCUGGGAGAGCCGUUUGCCAAGGCGUUCCCGGGGUUGAUCGAGACGUGCAGGAUUGACUACUCGGUCAAAGGGGCGAAGACGCGCCUGUGA